ACAAUCGGGAGAAAAAGUCAGAGCCACUAUUGUUGGUUGUAGAUGAUGUUUGGGACAAAUCAAUUAUUGAGAAGCUUUUCUCAAGAACAAAAGGAUAUAAGAUGCUGGUUACAUCAAGAGAAGCUUCCUACAGAUAUUCUUUAGAACAUCAUUCUAAAUAUCUUCUGAAAACACUCAAUCAUCAAGAUUCCAGGACUCUCUUUCGACAAACGGUACUGUCUCAAGAUGGAAAUGAGGACUAUGAGCCAGAUGAGGAACUUCUAAAUGAGAUAGUAAGAUGCUGCGAUGAUUUCCCACUCGCUAUUGUGGUGAUUGCCAAAUCACUGUACAUGCAACCUGCAGCGAAAUGGAAAAUCAUUGCUAGGAAACUGUUGAAAGGUUCCUCCAUUCUUGAUCUUGACGAGAAAUUGCGGAAAUGUCUUGCAACAAGCUUGGAUUCCUUGGAUGAUACAGUUCUAGAGUGUUUUCUUGACUUGGGUUCCUUUCCUGAAGACAAAAGGAUCCCUGCCUCUGCUCUGAUUGAUAUUUGGUGUGAGCUCUAUGAACUAGAGGAUGAAGAUGAAGCCUAUGUCAAUCUUCUCGAACUUGCCUCUCGAAAUCUUGUUAACUUGGUUGGAAACAGGAAAAUUGCAAAGGAGAAUGAUGCUAGCUUCAAUGAGCUAUUUGUUACACAGCAUGGUCUACUUAGAGACUUGGCUAUCUACCAGAGCCGGCCAGAGAGAAAAAGACUUAUCAUGGAUACAAGAGAAAAAGGCCUUCCCGAACAAGAACACCACUAUCUCAAUGCCCGUCUUGUUUCUCUCUGCACAGGUGAAAUGUCUUCAGAAAGCUGGUAUGACUUGCAACUUCCCAAAGCACAGACAAUGAUUCUAAAUUUCUCUACAAGCAACUAUGCCUUACCCCCAUUCAUAAAAUGGAUGAGGAAGCUAAAGGUUCUUAUCGUUGUAAACCAUGGACGGACACCUGCCAUGUUAAGCAAUUUGAUAACUCUUGGUGAAUUGGCUAAUCUAAAGAGGUUCAGGUUGGACAAAGUCUCGAUUCCUCCCCUUCAUGAAUUCACAAUGCCAUUGAUGAACUUGCAGAAAAUAUCUUUAUUUAUGUGUGCUUUUGGCCAAGCUUUGAUGAAAUGCACUGUCAACGUCUCCUACGUUUUACCUAAUCUUGUUGAAAUUGACAUCAGUCACUGCGAUGAUCUGGUGGAAUUGCCUCCAUGGAUUUGCGAUAUCAUCAGUUUGCAGAGACUCAUCGUUACUUACUGUGGGAACUUAUCUGCACUACCUGAAAGAAUUGGAUUUAUGACAGAUUUAGAUUUGUUGAGGCUGCAUGCAUGUACUGGAUUACCCAAGUUACCAGACUCGAUAAAAGGACUUCAGAAGCUGAGAUUCCUUGAUAUAUCUGAUUGUCAGGACUUAAAAAUGCUGCCUAACGGGAUGGGUGAGUUGCAUUGUUUGAAAAAGCUUGACAUGAGAGGUUGCACAGAAUUGAAUGAAUUGCCACCUUCAGCCAUGAAUCUUAUUCAUUUAAAGGAAGUGAUUUGUGAUGAAGACAAAGCUAGUCUUUGGGAACCUCUAUCAUGUAGUUUAAAAAUAAAUGUUUCUCUUAAAAGGGACAUCAACUUGGAUUGGUUAGGCUAG